CAUUUCUUUUUGCGUUUCCUGCAGAAUUUCUUCUUCGCCUCAAAAUGGCGAGUAGUAGAUUGGAAAAAAUCGGGACCAUCUUCACGCGAGCUGCCGGACUCAUCAAGUCUGGUGCCAUGAAGGAGAGCGAAAAACCGCUGUGGUUUGAAAUCUAUCGCAAUUUCCCACCUCGAUUCGAACCCCGCGUGGACCGACAAGUUCCUGUGGCGAAGGAAUCUCUCCGACAAAUUUUCUACGAAGAAGACAUCAUUAGGGCGAAAUUUUACAAACGCUUCCGACAUGUGCCAGCAAUUCAUCUGAACGACGCUCGACCUGGAUUGACGCUAAGUGAACGCUUCCUAUCGAAGUACUACGAAGUUACUCAGCGAUCUGAAAACAAGGGACUCGGUGAAGAUGAAGUGUUCGAUGCCACAAUCGCAGCGAUAAAUUCCGAAGAAGGAAUCGAUUUAAGUAAGUUUGAAACCCCGCGGCCAAGAGGCGGAAGACCACAACAAUCCGAGUCAACCAGUCUUCGCUCUGAAUUUGCUGCUGCUUCUUCGUCGAAUCAGCAGAAUAAGAUGACGACGGAACGUCGAGAUGAAAUGCGCAAGUGGAAAGCGGAAGCCGUUGCUUGUGAGAGCAGACUUAAAAUCGGGAAUAAGCUGAUGGAACGUGUUGAAGAGAAUCUUGAUCGUGAAACCAGCAUGGAAAUGGGAAGUAAACGGAUCGAAUGUGUUGAAGAAAAUCUCCCGAUAGUUGAGCCUGAAAUGCCCUCAGAAAUUGCCGAAAAACAGUUGGAAACCGAUGAAUCGCUGGAACCAGCGGAGGAAGUUGAAAUUAUCAAAAAUGUUGGACCUGAAUCUGAUGACGCGAGCGUCGCCUCGACAAUUCGUCGUCAUUCGGAGAUGUUUAGUAAUGCGGCCGAAAACGCAAUUGCGCUAAAAUUAGCCUCUAAUCCGAAAAGAGGCCAUGUUGCCGCUUCUUUGAUGGGAUUCGAAUCGAUUCCAUGCGUUCCUUCGAAGGAUACUAGUCCGAAAUCAAUUUCUGUGAGCGGAAUUCCAGAAAUGUUUCCUGUGAUUCCCGAUCAUGUAUCAAUUUCCUCUGAUAAAUCGCCACAUUUUCAAGACAGUGAGAAAAUCAAUCAGAUGCCAGAGGAACAUUCGGGAACUGCGUUGGAUUUCCUGCACAGAAAGUUGCUGACUGACAGUAUUAAUGGAGUCCUCGGCAUUGAAGAGCCUUUGAGACCUGAGAGAAAUUCAAGAAAAAAUUCUGUGGGCAAAACUGAAGCCAACAAAAACCUUUCGACGGAGAUUUUGCCGGAGACUUCAAGAUUUCUUCAGAUUCAUGAUCUCGUUGAUCAUAUCGACAUGGCGAUGGAUAUUGACAAGUCUAUUCCCAUGCCCCAAAAGUUGAAACCAGUCACUCCUCCGUAUGUGAAACCCCCGAGUCCAUUCCGAACCGCCAUGACGGAUCACGUCACCGGUUUAAUUAAAAAUGGCGGAGGUAGUCGAGCUUAUCAAGAUAUCAACGGAAACAUGAACGGUUCUCUCGCUUCGCAAAACACGUCUUCAUCUACAAAUCCGGAUGUUUCAAGGAUUCGCGCACCUGCUUCUCCAAGAUCCGCGUUGAAAGUGAACUUGUCUUCAAUGCAGCCGUUGGUUAAUCACAGGAAAGCCUUUCAGGAAAUAUUGUCAUCGUUAACAAUUCCUUCCGCGGAAACCCCGGUGGAUUGUAAUUUGUCUGAUGGAGAAACCGAUGCUUCUGCGAUUGUUGGUCAUUCAGAAAGACUAUCUGCUGCCGAACAAGUGACUGAUUCUGAGCCAUGUCCGAAUCAACCACUGAUCUACUUUGAUGAAGAACCCGUUCGAGAAUCCGCUGCUGGAAAACAUCGGCCAAAUGGUCAAGUCGUCGAGAUGUCUCAAAGCACUUGUGAUGAUUCUGUAAAGCGUAUGCGUGACGACUUUUUCGCGGAAAUGGCUAGAAAACACGCCCAUCAACUGGAAAAGCUUAAAAUUUUGCAGCAAACUGAAAUGGAGGAACUUUGGAUGCGGUUCGGGCUCCAGCAAAGUUCUUCAAUUCAAGAUCGACAGAACUCAUCGGUUGCAACACAACGGACUUGUCCAUCGUCAGCGGAAGGAAACUGUCGAGUUUCCCAGACUCCGGAUGCCUCCGUUGUAAACGACGAUUCAGAGUUUCGAAAAGCAAGUUCUGUCAUUACUUCUGCUAGAACUGAUGCAAGUUUGAAGGACGACAGAAGCGGCAUUUCAGAAAAAAUUUCCGAUGCGCGUGACAACGAAUACGAACAUCGGAUGGCUGAAAUCCACGAAUCCAGAACACCGGGUUCGGUUUGGAAACAGUGCAUCGCCGAUGAACCCGGCUUGAGCAAAAUUCCGGGAACACGGUCAUCGUUUGCAUCAACAUUGGAUGGGCUCACCAUGGAAGAUUCUCUUGCAACUCCGGUUCCUCCUCACGAAGAACCCGUGUCCUUCAUUUACGUUCCUGAAGAAGCGUUGGAUCCCAAAUCACAGAAAGUUUGGUGCAAGGUCUCCGCGCACGCGAAAGGCUUCCUCACCCGCCGCCUUCUUAGGACUGAGAAAACUAUAAAUCUCAUCAGGUGCAUCUUGGACACAGCCAAAGUUGCUUAUGAGCUGGGAGAUUCUGAAGAGGAAGCCUGGUUGAGGAAACGAUUCGUUGCGCAGAUCAGCGCAUGGAAAGUUCCUCAAUGGAUGACAUCGCAAACAGGCGAACUAGCACUUGAGAAACCAUACCCAGAAAUUGCAUCAGAUCUUGGGCCCAAUCCUGACACGACCAAUCAAUCCAUCACGAUAUUCGAAGCAUCGUCCAGGACUGUGAGCAUCAAUGACUGGAAGAACCUCACAAAAAUUUGGAAUGAUGGCGGCAUCUUCACGGUAGAAAUAAAACUCGAACAAUGUAAGAACUUGGGAAUAAAUGCUCAAGAACAUCAAGGACGACAAGAAACGAUUGCUUUCACGAUUUUGAGCAGCUAUUUGAGCAGUGAAGAGUACAUUGGUGCAUCGAAACCCGGAGUUACUCAUUUUGAAGAAGAAACCUGGAUAACGCAGCAUUUCAUCAUCAUCACGCUGAAUAAUGGAAGCGAGACGAUUUACGUGAACGCGCUGAAGUUCAGUGCGAACAACUACGAUUUCCAACAGCUCCAAUCACAGUUUUACGACUGCGGUUCAUUCCUAGAUUCCAGCGUCGUUCUGGGGUAUAAUGUCGGACCACCAGGUGUCAGUCAAUAAAUCAACAGAAAGAAGUGCAUACCUGUCUUUCAAAUUCCCUCGGUGUCUUCCUUCAACAUUUGGAGGUUGAACAUGUGCCGGAUCGUUGGACGACCAUGAGGACAGUCCUGAAAGAUCAGGAAAAAUAUAAUACUGUUUAUUUAUACCAUCUUCCUGAAACCCAGAAAAAAUAUAAAUUGAUACCAGGAGGAAGUGAAACCAUGAAUUUGCAGUGCUUUGAAGAUAUUUCGACGUUGGAAAUGAAUCGAAUGUUUUCAAGAUCGA